AUGGCCGAUAGAAGACGUGUCAAUGGCCCACCUGGUGGCACCCGCCCACCAGUCUUUGCCUCUCUACAAGAAUCAACCACAGGCGCCGCCCAGCGCGCCCAGCGCCAACGCCAACCUGCUGAACUACAGAAAAUCUUUUUGAAGACAGGAUUGAUUCCCACAGCCUCAGGCUCCUCAUAUCUCGAAUUUGAACCAUCUGCCUCCCUCGCCGCAGCACGCUCAAACCCCAAAUCUCUGAUCCCGCCAUCCUCAGCCCUCAAAGUGGCCUGCACCGUCCACGGUCCCAAACCACUCCCCCGAUCCGCCGCAUUCUCACCAAACCUCGUCCUCACAACCCAUGUCAAGUAUGCGCCUUUUGCGGCCCGCAAGCGCAGAGGACACAUUCGCGACGCCAGCGAGCGCGAUCUCGGCGUACAUCUAGAAACCGCCCUCCGCGGGGCCAUCAUUGCCGAGCGCUGGCCUAAGAGUGGUCUUGAUAUCACAUUGACUAUCAUUGAGGCAGAGGAUGAUCGGUGGUGGGGGGAUGCGCCAGACUCGCACGAUGCCUCGUGGGGAAUGAUGAAUGUUCUCGCUGGAUGUAUCACGGCUGCAUCGGCCGCAAUUGCAGACGCUCACAUUGACUGUCUUGAUCUUGUAUCUGGUGGUGUUGCUGCUCUGGUCUCGGACGACUCCAGCAAAUCUGCUUCCAGUGUCCCGCGACUCAUGCUGGAUGUGGAUCCCGCGGAGCACAGAUCUAUCUUGUCUGCUUGUGUGGUGGCGUAUAUGCCGGCGCGUGAUGAGAUUACGGAGAUUUGGCUCAAGGGGGAUAGUUCGAAGGCGGCGCUUGAGAAGGGUGAUGUCCGGUCUAGUCAUGAAGCUUUGAUAGAUGGGGCUGUUGAUGCGGCUCGGGGUGCUAAUACGGUUUUGUCAGAGGCUGUGACGGAGUCUAUUGCGAGGUCUAUAGCACAGGCUUAG